UCGGGACCGAGCCGUAUGGCUGGUGUCGAGGUGCCGCUUCAGCGCCGGUGUGUACGCGGCUUGCUGGCUAUAUCCCAGCCGCUUUCCGCCGUACUUAACUAUGGUGCGUUUCAAACCGCACCUCUGUGGUAACUGAAUGCGGUGCAAAGAUUGUUUUUAGGACGACGUCCGUAGCCCUGACGGGUUCAUGUGGCUGACUGGCUCACGAGCUAGCCGCUUUCAUUUAAACUGGCUUGGAAUUGUUUUCCGUUUAAUUUAAAUUAUAGCAAGCUAGCUGGCUGAGAAUUUGUUUCGGCUUGUUUUUUCACUUCGAAAUCUUUGAGAUGAAGAGAGUAAAUAGUUUUCAAAGGUUCAUGAAUAGCAGAGCGUCUGCUAACUGCCGCUAUCAGCCUACGUGCUACGAACACGCCGCCAACUGCUACACGCACGCGCUCCUGAUUGUGCCUGCGUUUGUGGGCAUGGCUCUGCUUCACCGGCUGUCAGAUAACGGCUGGGAGAGGAUCACAGCGUGGGUGUACGGCAUGGGUCUGUGUGGACUCUUCCUCGUCUCCACCACCUUCCACAUCAUCUCAUGGAAAAAGAGUCACAUGAGGACCAUGGAGCACUGUUUUCACAUGUGUGACAGGAUUGUCAUCUACUUCUUCAUUGCAGCCUCCUAUGCACCAUGGUUAAACCUGAGGGAGCUGGGUCCUCUUGCCUCUCACAUGCGCUGGUUCAUAUGGCUAAUGGCUGUGGCAGGAACCGUGUACGUCUUCAAUUACCAUGAAAAGUAUAAACUGGUAGAGCUGGCCUUCUACAUGAUGAUGGGAUUUUCUCCAGCUCUGGUGGUGACCUCGAUGAGUAACACAGAGGGACUGUACGAGUUGGCUUGCGGGGGGCUGAUCUACUGUAUGGGGGUGGUGUUCUUCAAGGCUGACGGUGUUAUCCCCUUCGCCCAUGCCAUCUGGCAUGUGUUUGUGGCCCUGGCAGCAGCUGUACACUACUAUGCCAUCUGGAAGUACCUCUACCGGAGCUCCUCCCACUGAAGCCUGACCCUGCCCUGUCACCAUCCCAUCACACACAUGCACACUCCUCUCUGCCUCGUCCUUCCUUGUCUGCAGAAGGAAAGGUCUUUCUGCUGGCACUGUUUUCUCCACAUUGUCACCUGCAGGGAGUGCACACCAGCUACUCAUGUUUACGAAUAUGACCAUGUAUCGUUUACUGUUUUCUACCCAGCCAGAGAACAGUACCAUGUGUGAUGUUACAUAUACCUCCACCUGCCGCAUCAAGUGGCUUUCACAAAUCACAUUUCUAUAACCGUGAAAGUGAAACUUUUUUUUUUUGUUUUUUUUUGUUUUUUUUUUUUCCCUUUCCCAUUUUGACCAGUAAUUUCUGCACAAUAGCCAAGUGCAAACUGAACCAGCUGGACACUUCUGUACUGUCUUUGAUAGUGUGUGUUUUCUAACACUUUUACUGUUGUCCUUGGAACAAUCCUAUACAUGUUCCAUUUUCAGCUGUUGAGUUUAAACAGGUUGAACUGUCAGUUUAUGCACCACUGAAACAGGAACCAUUAAUGUAGAGUUCCUCAAGUAAGAACAUUUGUUCCACAUUUUCAUACAUCCUGUACUUUCCAUGACAGUUUUUGGAUGAGAUCGUUGCAAUGUAUUGCAGUAUUUUGAGUGUUAUUUAAAAGUGCGCUUUUCCACAAACAAAAGCACUUUUCUAACAAAGAACCACUUAUAUUUGAUACUGGACGUUUCAUUUUUUCCUCGUAGUGUGUCCGCUAGCUAAACAAAGUUAACCCGGAGUAUCUGCAAGGAAUCUGUACCAGAAUGUCAAGGCAUCUGCUCCAGAGCAGCCGUACGGUCUGCAACAUUAGCAAAAGUCUCUACGAACACCUUGGGCAAACAACCCUAGUGGUGGUGUGAUGCUGUUGCACUCCAGUGUUCACCCAAAGUAGGCUGCUUGGUGAAGCUUCAGGUUGUCGCAGUGCGACGGUGAGCAUCGUGCUGUCUUUUGGACAGUCCAGUCUAGCGCAGGUAGCUGGCUCUUUGGACACUGCGGCUGGUUUUCGCAUAGCUAUGCAGAGACUGCUGUUUUAGUACUGCUUGAUCUCUGACGAGGUCGUCAGGGAAUGUGGAACGCGUUUACACAAUAUUUGUUCCUUUUUCUGCCCUCGGUGGAAGGUGAGCUAUGAAAAGCACUCAUACUGUUCUAAUGAACGGGGAACAGAGAAGCAAAAUGACCACUUUUGGACUGCAUUUCCUAUUAUAUUUGAAAUUUAGAAUCAUGGGGAAAUGGAGUACUUUGAAAUUAGUUGCGUGCUUUCAGUGUUUCAUUGCAAGAAGGCCUGUU